AUGACUUCACCGAUAUUCAAUCGCCUUAUACCCGAGCUCGAAAGGGUGGGCUAUGCCGCUGUUGCCCCUAACCUCCCAUCAAGUGGCACUACACCUCCUACUCCGAAUUGGGAUCAAGAUAUCGAAGUCAUCUGCCGAACGAUUUCCAAACUGGUUGUGGAGCGGGAUGUUGUGGUUGGCAUGCAAAGUUUCAGCGGUAUGACGGGCGGUACAGCGCUAGAGGGUCUUGACAAGAUCGCGUGCGCUACGAAGGGGUGGAAAGGUGGCGUCGUGAGGCUAAUCUAUAUAACCGCAUUCCUGGUGCUAGAAGGAUCCCAACAUUUACCUCGUGGUACACGCGAUAGCAUGGUACCGGAGAUGAAGACUGACAUGGAGAAAGGCAGAGUCACUGUGAUGGCGGAAGACCCUGAACCUAUGUUCUACCAAGAUAUAGACGAUGACACAGUCGCCGCACUGGCAAAAGAGUUGCGCCCGCAGAGCCUAGGGUCAUAUUGGGACACCGCAACGAUUGCUGAUUUCAUCGAUGCGGCCAAAGCAAGUGGUUCUCAUGGGAUUGACAAGGUAAUCGAGGUCGAUUCAAGCCACUCCCCUUUCAUCAGUAAGCCGGAGUGAAUAACUGAAAUAUUGAUUGACGGGCCAGGCGAGGCGAGCGGUUAAGGUUUCUUGAGUAAACUCUCACACCCCAAGUUGUCGUAAGAGAUAACUAACUAUAUAUCACGGAGGAUUGGAUACAGUGCGGUAGAACCUUUUGCGGAGAUUAUCUAUUAAUAAGGAGAUCUCCAG